CUGAUAAGUUCGGAUGCGUUUGCGUUGUGCUCCGCGAUUACUUAAACAGAAGUUGUUACUUUGAAGUGAGAUAUUGGUGGUGAAUAUACAACGGAUUAUUGAGACUAAGCCCCCCGCGUGGAACCGUUCUCGAUACCGGUGAUAUCGUUUGUGUAACGGAAGAAAAGAUAUGGUGAAACAUUUCAACUGAUACGUGUCGCGUGUGCGCCUCGUGUUUUGUUACCUGGAAUCAAUCGCCCAUUCAGCUUACGCGUACGCUAGCUCAGCGCUCGCCGCCGAAAUUUUUAAAUUCUUCCAGUGAACAUAAAAUAUUGAGUCAAAUCAUGCGGAAAAAAUGUCUUGUUCUAGCACUUCCAAUCGUUUUUCUCGCAAUAAUUAGCACCGAGAGCGUUAAUGAUACUGAUAACGAUGAACUCUGGACGCUGCUGGUCAGUGGCAAACUCGAUCGAAUGAAAACAAAAACAUCGUCUGGGGUCACGCUGCUGAACCCAUCGGAUGCAUCCAUUCAUUCAGAAAACACCACUAGCGGUAGUAUCAAUCGUGAGUCCGAUGAUAAACCGACUGGCGGCACACGAGAUUCGAUCGACCGGAAGGAGGAGGAAGAUGAACAGCUGUUCAGUUGGGUGGACUCUGCGGAGUCACUGGGGAGCGUCGAGGAUGAAAUAAACAAAGAGGGCUUUGUUAUGUUCAGCAAAGAGGGAAACUCCCUCCAUGAGCCAUUCGGUUUCGAUGACGUUGGCAGUGGGUUAGAAAUGGUCAGUGAUAAGGAUGGAAUGCAGGCAGACGACGCGAACUUUGAUGAGGAAAUUAUUGAUGUUUUGAGGAGUAAACCAGUCUCACGUGAAAUGUUGGGACUAUUGGGACUGCUAAAGGAGAGAAAUGAAACCGAAGAAAUAAAAAGAAAGAUGAAGAAGUUGUUGAGACCAGUGACGGACCGUCUCAAUGAUGCAUUGCCGAGUAUUUUGGAAGAAAGGCAGGAGUUACCGCUUCCAGCUGAAGAAAUCACGCAGUUAGAGCCUAUAGAGGCUGAAUCAUUGAUAUCCGAUGGCUCUUCACAGAUACCUCCAAUUACUAACAUUUUGUUGCCUUCACUGAAUAAACAACUACCCACUAUUCGUAAGCAUUAUCAAGGUCCAUCCGAAGGUCAACGUAGUUUGGUGAUUGUAUUUGAUGCGACAGGUUCGAUGCUGGAUGAUCUCAAUCAAUUGCGCGAUGGCGCCAAAUUGAUCAUCGAUGAAAUAACUCUGCUGCAAAACAAUCCUAUCUAUAAUUACGUAUUCGUUCCUUUUCGGGAUCCGCAAGUCGGUCCCCGUCUGGUUACACGGGAUAAAGAAGCUUUGCUGGCCGCGCUGGAGGAUCUUCAAAUCUAUGGAGGAGGAGAUUGUCCAGAGGCAGCACUUGCUGCUCUAUCUAAUGCUAUCGAAGUGGCUCUUCCCCGUUCUUUCAUUUACGUCUUCACUGAUGCAACGGCAAAGGACUUCAAGCUGGAUCAACGAGUACUACAUUUAAUUCAGCAAAAGCAAACACCAAUAACUUUUCUGCUAACCGGGUUCUGUGACGGCAAAAAUACUCCAGGCCACAAGGUGAUGGCAGAUAUAGCAGCUGCCAGUAAUGGACAGAUAUACGAUCUCAAGAAAGACCAGAUAGAACAAGUGUUGAUAGGCAUCAAGGAUAUGCUAAACAUCGAUCAUGUUCCUCUGAAAUCGGUUGAUUCGAAUACAGCGGAAACGCAUAACAUCAGUCUAAAUGUGGACAGCACAUUGAAGGAGUUCAGUGUCAGCGUAGCUGGCCAUCGACCAGACAUCGAAAUAACAGAUCCCCAUCACACACUCUACAACAAUUCGAAAUCUGUGCUCGAUUUAGAAAAUAUAAAAGUGGUAAAUGUGGCUGGGCCUGUGCCGGGCAAGUGGAACAUUAGAGCAGGAUCAGAGUCGUCCCAUUCCGUACGUCUUUCUGGCAACAGCGAUGUGAAGUUCAGAUUUGGGUUUUCACCGUCGCAUCCAACUGCUCUAUCGACGCUCGGUCGCCAACCGUUGCUCAAUUCCGACAACAUACUAACAAUUCAAGCGUCCCAACCGGAACUGUUAGAUAAUCUAUCGGAAGUGACAAUCACUUCCCACGAAAAUGGUGCGGCCGGGUCGACAAAUUUCAAAUUUACUUUACCGUUGACCAAAAUACUACUCGAAGACUCUUCCAUUGCAUUUCUCACCCCACAAUUCAAAGCACCUCGGCAAAGGUUCAAAAUAUCCGUGAGCGGCAGAGACAUCAGCGGUAAUUCUUUGGAAAGACUAAUUUCUACCGCGAUACAGGCAGUUGGAGCGAGUCCACCAGAGCUAUCGCUGGAUAUCACCGAAGUGGAGCUUUUCGAAGGUGAUGAUAUGGAAAUAAGCUGUAACGUGGAAUCGAUGUCACCGAUUUUGGUCCAAUGGAAGCGCUUCAAUCGACCACUAGUAGAGGAAACCUUCAACUCAACAGCUGUGCUUAAACUGCACCUGGAGAAUGUGACGACGAAACACAGUGGACGAUACGUGUGCCAUGCCGCAAAUGAUAUUGGCGACCAUGAGAUCACAGCCACAAUCAAAGUUAAGCCCCAUCCUGAACCGGUGGUUGGUGUGUAUCCGAAGGACAUCGUGGCGUAUGAACACGAGCAUCUCAUCGCACUGCGUUGCAUAACGCACAAUGUGGAUGCACCGGUGGACAUAGACUGGACUCACGAUGGUGUUCGAAUCUCAAACGCUGCAGGUAAGGAAUAUCUGGAGCUGAGAAAUCUAACCGUUGCCGAUGCUGGUAUCUACGAGUGUCAGGUGAAUUCACAAGGAAAAACUCUGUUGGAUUCCACGCUCCUAACCGUGGAAUAUGCGCCAAAAGCAUCGAAAACAUUGGCGGACACGGUGCUCGCUCCAUACGGUCAAACACUACAGCUUGAGUGUGGCCUCAGUGGUAAUCCAAGUCCAGUCCUCACGUGGACUUACCGAGCGUUAGACGAAACAGAAGAAAGGCAGCUUUCCGACGAAGAUGACAUUCUUAUUUUGCCAGGUGUUACACCAGAAGCUGAGGGUUUCUACACUUGCGAAGGUCGUAACCGUCAUGGUUCAACCAAAAGAACGGUACUAGUACAGGGUGAAGCAGAUGAGCCUCCAAGAAUUCCAAAGCCAGACGAGACAACACUUUACGUGAGGCUCGGAGCACGAGUUGUGCUGAACUGUUCUUGUGAUCUCUGUCAACCAUUGAGCGAAUAUAUUUGGACAAAUGGACGACUAACAUUUGAGAGCAGCCCGUACGAUUUACAAGAUAAUGCCCGGGUUAACUUGAACGUCGAUCAAACGCGCAAUGCCGUCCAGUAUCAGCUGACAAUCGACAACUUCGGUACACUCGACCAAGGAAGCUACAGUUGUAUCCUGUCAAACGCACAUGGCGCUGACAGUAUCGUAACCGAGGUUCGUCUUAUGCAAGCUCCUCAAACCGAAGGAAUACUGAUCGAUGACGAGCUAGUGGUGCCAGAAUUUGUUGGUUUGGAAGGGUCUGUUCGGCAUUUGUCAUGUGAUGCUGUGGGUCUUCCAGAACCACACAUUGAAUGGUGGUUCAAUGGGAUUACCCCACAAAACGACCGUCGUUUCUCGUUGAAAAAUGACAAUAAGACAUUAUGGUUGAUGAGCAACUUUGAUCGAACGUACAGCGGGAACUAUACCUGUGUAGCAUCCAAUCCCAUGGGCUCAGCAACAAGUGAACUACUGUUGCAUUAUGGUAGUGCUCCAUAUUUUCCCGAACCUUCAAAUAUGCUUCUCAACGCUGAAGUCGGUGACCGUAUAGCACUGAACUGUUCCGUUGUUGGUAUCCCCGAGCCUGACACGGCGUGGUAUUACAAUGGAGAUUUGAUGACGAAGAAUCGAACUUUCAUCGCAACAUUGGAAGAUUCUGGCUUAUACACGUGUAACGCAAGCAAUAGCUUCGGCGAUGCAUCCGCCAUUACCACUAUUGUGGUGUAUGGUAAGCCACAGUUUGGGCUAAGCUCUCCGAGCGAUAUGGCACUAGCAGUGACAAAAGGGAAGAAUAUAAGUCUGGAAUGUCUCGCAAUUGGAUUUCCCGAGCCCAGUAUCAGUUGGACGUUUGGGGAUCAAUCAAUCGAUGAACUGGCGAACGUGGUCACAACCGACAAUGGCUUAUUCAUUGUGAAUACAUCAAGCCAGCAUCAAGGAACUUACGUUUGCGAUGCCGAAAACUCGCUGGGGAACAUUCAAAAAGUGUACUACUUAGCUGUAAAAGAAAUUCCCCGAAUAACUGCCAAUAUUCCGGAUCGUAUCGAACUUCUCCCACAUCAGGCCGCUAAUCUCAGCUGUGCCGGUGAAGGGAACCCUUCACCCAGAGGGUCAUGGAGUAAAAAUCACAUCCCACUUCCAACCGGAUCGCUUCUGACGAUCACUUAUGGACCCUACUCUUCCGGUAAUUACACCUGCACGCUACAAAACGACGAAGGAUCCGACACCCUUUCGAUCGAAGUUCUAACGGUUGAACCGCCAACCAGGGCAGCCAAUGUAUCGAACGACGACUCACAAAUCCAAGCCAAGGUUGAUGCCCCACUGACCUUAGUUUGCCCGUUCGAUAACUACGACAGCCUCCUCUGGCAACUGAACGAACGUAACCUGGACAACUACGUUGAUCUGACGGACAUCCGUUUAGUACAAAACAUUCUUCAAAUUGAAAGACUCCGCCAAAUCCACGAGGGCACAUAUACGUGUUUCGCAGAGAACCGUGCGGGACGUUUCAAUCACUCGUUUGUAGUUGGGAUACUUUCUGUUCCCAGUAUCGAACAUAUUCAGUCAAUGGAUGAUGGUGAGGAUCUUGACUUUGAUUCCGCUGAGGGUAUCGCCGAAGUGAGUCUGCUGAGUGGUGAUGAAUUACGACUGGUUUGCCAUGCAAGUGGUUCACCGAAACCAACUGUUUCUUGGAGCAAGGAUGGGAAAGUUAUCACCCGAGGAAGUGAGCUAACUAUCAACGAAAUUGAUACCCAUCAUGAUGGGCUGUAUACUUGUGUGGCCGAGAAUGAUUUGGGCAGUGCUCGAAAGGUUUACAGGCUGGAUGUGAUGACAUCCCCUCGGCAUUGGGGAGACACAAUAAACCAUAUUGAAGCAUUCAAAGGCGAUGAUUUGCAACUUGACUGUAGAAUGAGCGCUAAUCCACCGGCAAGCAUUCAAUGGAAUAAGGAUGAUAUAACGCUCGAAGAGUUUGCUGAUGUUCUGGAGUUCGUUUCGAUACAACCACUGGAUUCGGGAGUGUAUACGUGCGAAGCCGAAAAUCUGUUCGGAGAUGACGAGAAGAAGUUCCAUGUCACUGUCUAUCAGUCACCGGAAAUAACGCUCUUCCCGGAGAACCACAUCACUGUAGUUGGCGAUUCUCUAACCAUAGAUUGUGAAGCAAUUGGAAGUCCACUGCCCUCCAUAAGUAUAAUACACAAGGGCGAGGUUCUUGCCUCGACCACCAUCCUAGAACAAGAUUCGCUAGCAUAUGACAGAUCGUAUCGUGUCAAACCCAAGACGUAUUCAUCUACCCCACAAGAGUUCGUGGCGACCAGGCUUUCGCAAUUUGAAAUCCAGUUUCGGCUUCAGCAGAAAACCGCUGUGGUCAACUCGGCGGGGAAGUACUUAUGCCUGGCCCAGAAUGCGGUGGGUAGCGAUGAGCGCUUGGCCAAAGUAGAAGUGUUUGUUCCGCCAUACGUACAACAUAGCAAAUUGAAGGCCGGUCCAAACUAUUCCAUUCUGGAGGGAUUACCUUUGUAUCUGUUUUGCCCGAUUGCAGGUCAUCCCAAGCCAACACUCAGUUGGUACCGUAACACGAAACCUAUUAAGGGUAACGGACAAACGCUAUUCAUCUCAUCAGCUUCGAGAAAGGAUGGGGGUAAUUAUACUUGUUUGGGCGAAAAUCCCGUCGGAAAGAACGAACUUUCCUACUCUGUAAACGUUCUCAUUCCACCAACCAUGAUUAACAGUAUAGUAUUGAGUGACGGCGAAGUUGCCGAUCAGCCAGAGCAGGAGGAAAUUUCUAUCCUCAAGGGUGACAAUGUGACGCUGGACUGCGCUAGUCUAGGAAACCCCAGACCAGAGGUAUUCUGGAAAAAAGUAAUCUAUUUGGAUGAAAAUUUAAACGAGCAGCUUCCCAUCAAAGAUGCAGUCCUCGAGUUGUACAAUAUCGACAGCACAUCUACAUACACUUGCUAUGUUAACAAUUCAGCAGGAGCGACACAAAAAUUGUUCCACAUUGUGGUGCAAUCCGCCCCAAGCUUCAAAAAGAUCGAAUACGACCCGAAACCCACCGUGUCGUUGCAUCACACCGUAGAUUUGAAUUGCGAAAUGCUUGGAGUCCCGGAAGCUGAUGUUACAUGGACCAAGAACGAACUGAUGGUCAGUAGUCUGCAGAAAGGGCUACACCUGGCUUCCAACGGACAGAUCCUGCGCAUCUCCGACGCACGAUCGGCUGAUUCCGGAGAGUACAAAUGCACAGGUCGCAACUUACAUGGCCAGGUGAGCCGAGAGUUCAACUUAACUGUGGAUGUGCCGGUCAGCUGGUCUCCAUGGGGCGAGUGGAGUGCAUGCAGUGCCAGCUGUGGUAAGGGUACCCAGUUUCGGUCCCGUAUUUGUUUACUACUGAGCGGUUCUCCGGCUCAAGGAAAAGAAUACAAUUGCGUGGGUGAAAAUAUACAGGUGAGGAACUGCGAAAUGUUGCCAUGCCCGGUCAACGGAGGCUGGGGAGCGUGGGGUCAGUGGAGUAAUUGCUCACUGAAUUGUGUAAGCGAAUUCACGGGACUCAAGUCGACCCGGUCUAGAAGCCGAAAGUGUGACUCACCUCCGCCAUCCUCGGGAGGGAAGCCCUGCAUCGGAGAAGAACACGAGGAGGAAGUAUGCAGCGUUAAAUUUUGUCCAAUCAAUGGAGACUGGACAUCAUGGACCAAGUGGACACCGUGCAGUGAAACCUGUGGAUUCGGCCGAAUGAUCCGUUGGAGAAGUUGCGCUAACCCGGCCCCCCGUAAUGGAGGCCUGUCAUGCCAGGGCGAAGAGAGUGAAAUCAAGAUCUGUAAGCAACGCGAUUGUAUCGUAAAUGGCGGGUGGUCCGAUUGGGGGUCCUGGUCAAAGUGUAGCAAGUCUUGUGGGGUUGGCGUCCGACACAGGAAACGUUCGUGUAAUAAGCCGGAACCGAAAAAUGGCGGACAAUAUUGUGAAGGAGAGAACAUCGAAAUUGAGAAGUGUACAAAGAAAACUUGUCGAAAUGAUGCAUUACUGAAGCACAUCAAUCGCGAUGGGAAGGUAAUUAUUCUACAGGUUCCCAAUGAUCAUGAAACAGUGAUCAUGAGAAAAAAAAUCUUUCAGAGGAAGUUUUCACCACUUCUGACAUACGAAUCGAAUCGCUCCGUCGACGAAGAAGAUGACUACAGCGACAAUCAUGCCCAUCCACAAAGUUUCAAAGUGAUUCGCAAUUUCGAACCUGCUGAAGCGCCUCCUGUGGAGUAUGUGGAUGAACCGUUAGAGACGGGCUUCAACGAGCUAGAAGAACAUCACCAGAUCGUUGUAAGCCUAAAGAACACUGUCAAUCUCACCCGCGAUACAGCUGCCUAUCAGCUCAAUCUUGAUGGAUCCAACAAUUCCAUCGAGUUCAAUUGUGUAUCUGGAAUGUCAUACAAUCAAACAAUGGGGCAAUGCGUAGAUUUGAAUGAAUGCACAGCCGGUGAUCAUCGCUGCACUGGUCAGGGACAGAUUUGCGUAAACACAAAGGGAGGCUACGAGUGUCUAUGCAAGGCAGGUUUCAGGAUGAGUUCCGAAGUAUGCGUCGACAUUAACGAAUGUCGCGAUGGUAGUCAUGAGUGUUCACAUUACUGUACAAAUAAACCAGGUGGAUAUGGUUGUUUCUGUCCUGCUGGAUUCGCACUGUCAUCUGAUGAGAAAACGUGCACCAGGCGAAAAACGCGAGAAGAACCUGCGUUCAGCAUCAUGAACUAUGAAAUGAUUUGUCCCGAAGGGUACUUUCUUGAGGGAAGUAAAUGUGUUGAAAUCGACGAAUGCAAGUUGCGUGAAGAUGAAUGCAGCAACGGUCAAUCCUGUCUUAACACUAGAGGCUCAUAUCUUUGCGUUCCAACCGCUUGCCCGGAUGAUUAUGAAAUAGAUGAAUUAUUGGGUCAUUGCUUUAAGGACUGUAAACUUGGACUCAACAGGGCAUGCCCGGAUGGGGCUCAGAUUGAGCAAACGAUCACCUUCAGGGUGAUUUCAGUGAAAAAAAUCUCACCGAAACAACCACUUGCAGUUCUGGCGAUACCGGCCUUCCAGCAUACAGCAACGCAAACUACUUUCAGUUUUUUGGAGCGAACCUAUGAACAUGUAUUCAGUUUAGAGAAAAAUCUACGUACAUCUGGAAUUGCGCAUCUAUUUGCGACCAAAAAGCUUCAGCGUGGUAAGAUAUAUAAACUGAAAAUCAUCGCUCGUACCUUCGGACAUCAAUCCGGAACGAUGGACUACGUUCACAGAUUUAUUGUUUACGUACACUGGGUAGAUUGAUCAUACUUCGUGCUAGAGUUUUCUUAGUAUGUAAAGUAGAGUAAUGUC